AUGGCAUCCAACGCGAGAGGAGUUACGGUCGUCGUAAGUUUGAUAGUCGUCGCGCUAUGCUCAGCCACGUCCGACAAUUCUUACGACUAUGACUACGGCGACCACAAUUACGACUACGACGCUCCGCCUCCCCUCGAUUCGGCUGUCGUCGCAAGCCAUUACCCCUGCCUUAAACUCCUCCCUCUCAUUCUAUCCUCGUCCAAACCCUGCCUCCUCAUUCUAGCCUCGCCCAAACCCUGCCUCUUCAUCCUAGCCUCGCCCAAACCCUGCCUCUUCAUCCUAGCCCCGCCCAAACCCUGCCUCUUCGUCCUAGCCUCGCCCAAACCCUGCCUCUACAUCCUAGCCUCGCCCAAACCCUGCCUCAUUCUAGCCCCGCCUAAACCCUGCCUCUUCAUCCUAGCCUCGCACAAACCCUGCCUCUUCAUCCUAGCCUCGCCCAAACCCUGCCUCUUCAUCUUAGCCUCGCCCAAACCCUGCCUUUUCAUCCUAGCCUCGCUCAAACCCUGCCUCUUCAUCCUAGCCUUGCCCAAACCUUGCCUCUUCAUCCUAGCCUCGCACAAACCCUGCCUCUUCAUCCUAGCCUCGCCCAAACCCUGCCUCUUCAUCCUAGCCUCGCCCAAACCCUGCCUUUUCAUCCUAGCCUCGCCCAAACCCUGCCUCUUCAUCCUAGCCUCGCCCAAACCCUGCCUCUUCAUCCUAGCCUCGCCCAAACCCUGCCUCUUCAUACUAGCCCCGCCCAAGCCCUGCCUCUUCAGCCUAACCUCGCCCAAACCCUGCCUCUUCAUCCUAGCUCCGCCUCUCGCCUCACCCUCUCCUUCUGUUCCCACCUCAAACUCCACUUCUUCUUUAUAA